AUAAAAGGGUGGGGGGUUAUGAGACUGACUCACCUGUGAUAAGUCUAACUCAUACAGUUUACCUGUCUAGCUUGUUCUGCACUUUAUGGGCGCACAUGGGCGUUGCUGGUCCAUUUAUAUAGCGCAUGACUCUAGGGCAGGAUUCUCUUUCACUCAGAUGUUCUUUUGGGACAAGCAUCUUUUAUAAAAGGUAAGUAAUACUUAAUCUGUAGGCUACACAUUCAAUUCUCAAAAGCAGGUGCUCGGAACUGGAGUGACGCUUCCACUGGAAUAAACGCAAAUUGUCAUCAGUCAUGGAGGGUCUGUCUCGUGCUAACAGUCUCUUCGCUCUGGAUCUCUAUCGGGCUCUGAGCGAGAGCAACGCUGCGGGAAACAUGUUCUUUUCUCCCCUGAGCAUCAGCGCAGCGCUCAGCAUGGUCUACUUGGGAGCCCGAGGAGACACUGCCAAAGAAAUGGAAAAGGUUUUGUCCUUCAGUUCAGUCUCUGAUGUUCACUCUCAUUUUGAGAGCCUCACCUCAGCAAUCAACAGUCCAUCAGCUUCUUAUAUCCUCAGGCUGGCCAACCGUAUCUACGGAGAGAAAACCUUCAGCUUCUUACCUGAGUAUUUGGACUCCACUCUGAAGCUGUACCAUGCUGACCUUCAGGCUGUGGACUUCAUUGGAGCAUCUGACGAGUCACGACAGCUCAUUAACAAAUGGGUGGAAGAGCAGACAGAGAAUAAAAUCAAAGACCUUAUCAAACCUGGAAUGGUGACCGGAAUGACCCGACUAGCUCUGGUUAAUGCCAUCUACUUCAAAGGCAACUGGCUACAGAAAUUUAAUGCUCAAGACACUAAAGAAAUGCCAUUUAAAAUUAACCAGAAUGAGCGCAGGACAGUGCAAAUGAUGUACCAGAAGAAAAAGUUCCCCUUCAACUAUGUCUGUGACCACCGCUUGCAAGUGCUGGAGUUGCCAUACGUAAAGGAGGAGCUCAGCAUGCUGAUCCUUCUUCCUGAGGAAAGUCAGGAUGGCUCUGACCCUCUUCAUAAGCUGGAGAGUGAGCUGACCCUUGAUAAGCUGCAUGAAUGGACCAACAGAAAUAAUAUGGACACCCACACAGAGAUUAUAGUCCACUUGCCAAAGUUCAAGCUGGAGGUUGAGAGCUCCUUAGCAGAAAUAUUGAUGGGGAUGGGGAUGAGCUCUGUGUUUCAGGACACAAAGGCUGAUCUGACAGGCAUGAGCAGUCAGGGUGGCCUGUUCCUUUCAGCAGUGGCCCACAAGGCCUUUGUGGAUGUAAAUGAAGAAGGCACAGAGGCAGCAGCCGCUACUGCAGCCAUUGUGGCAUUCUGUAUGUUACGAGAGGAGCAUUUCACGGCAGAUCACCCCUUCUUGUUCUUCAUCAGGCACAAUCCCACUAACAGCAUCCUCUUCUUCGGCAGAUUCAGAGGCCCAUCAGUCAUGGAGGGUCUGUCUCGUGCUAACAGUCUCUUCGCUCUGGAUCUCUAUCGGGCUCUGAGCGAGAGCAACGCUGCGGGAAACAUGUUCUUUUCUCCCCUGAGCAUCAGCGCAGCGCUCAGCAUGGUCUACUUGGGAGCCCGAGGAGACACUGCCAAAGAAAUGGAAAAGGUUUUGUCCUUCCGUUCUGUCUCUGAUGUUCACUCUCAUUUUGAGAGACUCGCCUCAACUAUCAACAAACCAUCAGCCUCCUACAUCCUCAAACUAGCCAGCCGCCUCUACGGAGAGAAAACCUUCAAGUUCUUACCUGAGUAUUUGGACUCCACUCUGAAGCUGUACCAUGCUGACCUUCAGGCUGUGGACUUCAUUGGAGAAUCUGAUAAGUCACGACAGCUCAUUAACAAAUGGGUGGAAGAGCAGACAGAGAGUGAGAAGUUAUAUGAGAAAGUUUUUUGGAUAAAAGAUAAAAUUAAAGAUCUCCUUCAGUUUGGUGUGAUAAAUGAGCUGACCCGGCUAGUUCUUGUUAAUGCCAUCUACUUCAAAGGGACCUGGAUGUACACAUUUGAAGAAUUUAACACUAGAGAAAUGCCAUUUAAAAUAAACCAGAAUGAGCAUCGGCCUGUGCAAAUGAUGUACCAGAAAGAAAUGUUUCCCUUCAGAGACAUCCCAGAGUAUGAACUGCAGGUGCUGGAGUUACCAUAUAAAAAGGAGGAGCUCAGUAUGUUGAUCCUUCUUCCAAACGAAACUCAGGAUGGCUCUGAUAAUCUUCUGAAGCUGGAGAGCGAGUUGACCCUUGACAAGCUGCUUGACUGGACCAAAAGAGACAAAAUGUCCAUGCAUAUGGAUAUUGAAGUCCAUCUGCCAAAGUUCAAGUUGGAAGUUGAGACAUCCCUAUCAGAAAAACUGCAAGAGAUGGGUAUGAGCUCUGUGUUUCAGGACACAAAGUCUGAUCUGACAGGCAUGAGCAGACAAAGUGGGCUCUUCAUUUCAGCAGUGAUCCACAAAGCUUUUAUUGAGGUGAAUGAAGAAGGCACAGAGGCAGCAGCAGCCACUGCAGUCAUGGUAGAGUGCGACAGUUUUGUCAACUUUCAAAGUUUCACGGCAGAUCACCCCUUCUUGUUCUUCAUCAGGCACAACCCCACUAACAGCAUCCUCUUCCUUGGCAGAUUCAGAGGUCCAUCCUAGAAAUGUUACACACAAAUUAAGAAAUGUGUGAUUCUUUGAAUGUUUAUUAAACAAAUAUAUCACACCAUA